AUGGAUAAGAUUGGAAAACGUAUAGGGCCGCUGCCUGGGGGUCGCCGGGGCGCGUCUGGAGCUGGCGCUGGACGCGGCAGCAUGCGGGCCGCCAGCCGAGCGCGAGGAGCUGCAAGAUCACCUAACAGCCCCCCGCAUCCAUCAUCCCCACCAGACGGCUUGAUGUCGGCAGGGUCCUCUCGGACUCGGCAAGCGGCAUCCGCCGCUGGUGGAGUGCGCCGCAUGCGUUGGACAAGGGAUAUGAACGCAAACGCAAUGCGGGCGUACUAUAGGCCGAAAGGGGAAGAAACUGCGGGGAUUGCGUAUCGGGCUCGGAUGCAUUGCUUUUUUGCUGAGCUGGAGCCGUCUAUUCCCGUCACGGAACAAAACCUGGCAGACCGAGUUCGGUACAUCAUGCGCUCGAAAAUAUUCGAUGAUGCCGAGCUCGAACGACUACGACGUGAGGCCAUUCCCUCAUCGAAUGAAUUGGCUACGGCUGGGGAUGAGGCUCCUCAGGCGACAGACCAGCUGCCACGCGUAGAAGCCGCCAUGGAUCUUCCAGUUGUGGGUGAUUCAGACGAUGAUGAAAUGGUCUCCCACGAACUAGAGCAAAUGAGGAGUAUAUUGGAAGAGGCGAUUUUAGAAACGCGCAGCAUGCCUCUCGAAAAUCGACCGCGACUUCCCCGCAUACCCCUAAGCAAGCGAAAUCGGGCUGUCGUGAGGGCUCUUAACCCAAUGCUGGUAACCUAUUUGGAAGCCAGCCGGGACCUUUGCGAGACGGACUCAGUUCUUUUUGGCGCCGCAGUGGUUGCUUGCCGUAUUAUUGGCGCCAAACUUCCCAUGGCUGGACGCGCUACUAAACAAAGUAGCGCCAUCCCAGCCUGGAGAAAAAGAAUUGAGGACCGUAUCGCAAAGGCAAGGGCCCUUAUCGGCAGACUGAUAAGCUUCAGGUCGGGUAAUAAUAGACCGAGGGUUGUGCGCACCGUUAGAAUGGCGUUUGCUGGGACAAAUAUCAGUUUGUCCCAGCCGGAUAUCACGCAGAAACUAACGGAGCGCAUAGACGACCUGAAGCAAAAGAUUGCCGCUUGGGGGAAGCGGAUUCGCCGAUUUACCGAGAGGUCAAGGCGGUUCAACCAGAAUCGUCUCUUCCAGAGUGAUCAGAAGAGGUUCUACAAAUCAUUGGAGCGACCAGAGGUAUGUGGAGCGGGCCCAGGACCGGAUCAGGCUAACACUGUCGCAUUUUGGCGUGGCCUGUGGUCAGAGCCCGUAAACCACAGCGAGGGCCCUUGGACGGAAGUUGUGGCGAGUCAGUGUGCGAGUAUUACGCCCAUGGACCCCGUCAUCAUAACGCCGGAUGACGUAGCUGAGGCGGUCCGUAGAGCCCCGAACUGGAAAAGACCGGGACUCGACGGACUGCAUCACUACUGGCUGAAGGGGUUCAUGGUGUGUCACGCUGUGCUCGCCCGUCAGUUUCAAGAGGCUCUCAACCAGAAGUCGCUCCCUAGCCUCUUCACUACUGGGAUCACUCAUUUGGUUCCUAAAGACCAGAAUCAAUAUGGUAAGUACCUUGCUGCUUCUUACAAGUAA